AAGAGUUUGCAGCUGUCGAAUCCCUCUCUCCACAAACAUUUUAUUUGUUAGACAUGAAGCAAUAAUUUAUAAACAUUUCCCACUAAGUUAUAUCUGUUCCUUCCCACCCUUUUUCUCUCUCCAUGAUCUUUUUCUGCUAGCUACAAGACUGAAGGAGAAAGGGAGAGAGGAAAAAAGGAAAGCUAGCUAGCAAAGGAAAGAAAAAUAGACAUUAGAAGAGCAAAAAAGAAGAAGAAGUACAACACAUAUCCUGCCAUUUUAAACGGAGGAAGGCCCCUAGUCAUUCAAUAUUGUUGUGAAUAAUACAAUACAUUUUCUUGCUUCAAGGACAAGGUCUAGUUUAAUUUGACGUCAUUUAGAUGCGCUAAUGGCGUAUCAACAUUAUAGAUCACCCUUUGGGGACACAACUUACACUAAAGUCUUUGUUGGCGGACUAGCAUGGGAGACCCCUACGGAUGUAAUGCGAAGGUAUUUCGAGCAAUUUGGAGAGAUUCUUGAAGCUGUCAUUAUCACUGAUAAGAACACAGGCAAAUCUAAAGGAUAUGGUUUCGUAACGUAUCGUGAUCCUGAAUCUGCAAGAAGGGCUUGUGAUAACCCAAAUCCAGUAAUUGAUGGAAGAAGAGCUAACUGUAACAUUGCAUCUCUUGGACGGCCUCGUCCUUCACCACCUCGAGGUAGGGGACAAGGAGGGAAUCCUUAUCAAGGAGGGAUAGCACAAGGACAAUCAUCAUCAUCAUAUAGUGGGGUGGCGGCAGCACCAUUGCCAUUACCUCCACCAGCUGCAACUCCUAUGAUAUAUUCACCAUAUGGGUAUGCAACCUAUCCUCCUGAUUAUUACCAUCAAGGAUUGUACAAUCCAGGGACAUACCAACAAGCUGCAGCAGCACAUUAUUAUCAACAAAUGUAUGGAAGUUCAUCAUCACCAACUCCUGCUGCAUAUUAUUAUGGAUAUUCCAUGCAGGGAUCUAGGGGAACAUUUUCUGCAGCUACUGCUCAUCAUCAUCAACGCUUUCAAGGCCCAACUGCUUCUUAUCUUUAUUAUCCUACUACUACUACUAGUCACUUGCCUGCCGAUGCUGCCGCUUUUACUCCGCCUCCUCCGCCUCUACUCCAACAUCCUCCUCCUCCUCAUGUUGCAGCUACAAGGAUUCAAUUUCCUUCUCCUACUACUGAAUCACAAAUUCCACAGCAGACUUCAGCAGAAACAACAGAAGUUGGGCCUGUGACUACUGAGAGUCCAAAUACAUAAAAAGAGAGUACAAACUCAUCAUCCUCAAAUCAUAUUUAUCAGUCAUCAAGCAUGGUGAAAAUAAAAAAAAGAAACUGUACAAUCUUUAACCAAAAAAAAAAAAAAAGAAUUAACGAGACUUUGCUCUAUUUUUCAAAAAAGUCCAUCCAUUAAUUUUUCUUAAUUUGGUCCAUGCUGAAUUAUGCAUCAAGAGGCAGACUGAUUUCAACAACAACAAAUGGCUGAUAAGUUGGACUACUCAGAGAUAUUACAUGGCCAAUUAUUCAUCUCUUCUUUUCUUUAUUUCUUUAAUUUUCCAUUUUAAACAUUUCAAUUGUUGUUCAUUUAUUUAUUUUUCAUUUUUACUAAACAUCGAUCCUUUUUAUUACUGUACCAACAGUAGGACGGAAAUAUUAAUAACGAAUUUAUGACAUAUUUACCCUUUUUUUUUUUU